AUGGCCAAUUUCCUAAUAAUUCUCUUGGGGUGUUCUUAUCCUCACUUGCACAAGCCCAUGUUUUUCUUUCUUAUCAAUCUGUCCUUGAGUGACAUGUGCUUUAGUUCUGUCACUCUUCCCUGGGCCAUCUCUUCUCUUGUCACACAGAACAGGAGUAUUUCUCUCGCAGCUUGUGUGCUUCAGAUGUACGGCUUUCUGGCCUUCACAAGCACUGAAUUUCUUCUGCUCUCCGCUAUGGCGUAUGACCGAUACGUAGCCAUUUGUUACCCUUUGCAUUACUCAGUAUCCAUGAACCACAGAGUUUGUCUCCUGUUAGCCAUUUUCUCAUGGUUAUUAGGGUUCGCUGACACUUUCCCACAUGCCUGGUUCGCCUUUGUAGCUUGUUACUGUGACUCAAAUAAACUUAACCAUUUCUUCUGUGAUUUAACUGCUCUCCUGAAACUCUCUUGCACUGGAACCAGCCUUAUAGAGAUGAUCACAUAUAUAGAAGGUAUCUUCUUAGGAUUUGGUCCCUUCUUUUUAACAUUGACCUCCUACAUAUUUAUCAUAAACACAAUCUUUAAGAUCCAGUCCUCAGAUGGAAGGUCAAAGGCGUUCUCCACCUGCUCCUCCCACCUCAUUGUAGUAAUGUUAUUUUACGGUACAACUUUGAGCAUUUACAUGCGACCAACGUCUGUGUUUUCAAUGGAAGCCAACAAAAGAGUUACCCUUGCGUAUGCACUCACCAUUCCUCUCCUAAACCCGAUCAUAUAUAGCUUAAGAAAUAAUGAACUUAAAGGAGCUCUAAAGAAAUUCUUCCAGUGCUCUCUAGAUCUACUACUUUUGGUGGUAGAAGAAGUUAGAGCUUUACUCAAUAAGGUCAAGGAUGAAAUCGUGACGUUUGAUACCACUAAGGGCCCUACUCUACAACAAGAUCAGAGUGAAAAUUGGUUAAACAAACUCACACAACAGUUAAAAGAAUACAAAGAUUACCUAAUGGCCUUUAAAAAUAAAAAGUUACAACAAGUGAUUGAGGACUACAGGGAAAGACAAGUAUACAAGUGGACACUGAGCCCUGAAGAAAGGCAAAGCUUUAGACCACGACAACCACGCCACCAGAGGGUAUACACCAGGAGACAACUUAAUACUGUUGAUACUAGUUCAGGCUCCGAUACAGAUAGCCCAAGAACACAUGAAUAUGCAGGACCCUCAACAUCAGAGUUGCAUUUUUUAGGGGUUACUACAAGAUCAAGCCACCGAAAAAAGGAAGAAGACCACAUCCAAGAAGGAGUGGGACUCACUGGAAGACCUCCACGACGUGGACGAAUGAGGAGAACAUAG